UCAAUUGGUUGAUUGAAAACACCGACUCAGAAUUAUUAACGACGCCAUCUGAUGCUGAAGCUGCUUGUGUCCAAGUAACACACAACCGGAUCUACCCUAUCCCUGUUUUCCGAUUGAACUAUUUCCGCCGGCGAUCCGAAACUUCCGAUUCCACAAUGUCAUGGUUCGCUCGAUCGAUUGCCAACACCCUCCAACUCGACAUCGAUGACGAUGAGGACGACGAACAACACAACAACACAGACCGAGAUCUGUCCACCGAUCAAAAAGGUGAACAACCAGUUGAAGAAGACGAUUCGUCUUUAUCUCCAGGACGAGGUGUCAAAGAAGAUUUAUCAGAGAUCACAAAAACCCUAACUAGUAAAUUCUGGGGCGUCGCCUCGUUUCUCGCUCCUCCGCCUCCCGCUGAACACUCUAACGAGCAAUCGGAUCCGUCCGAUCCGGAAGAUGCUUCUCCGGAAGCGAUAUCUGGAAUACGCAGGGACUUUGCGGAGAUCGGAGGGAGGUUCCGUAGUGGAAUUUCGAAGCUGUCUACUAAUAUAGAUGUAUCGGAGAUCACGAAAAUGGCUUCGAGUUUUCUUCAACUGUCACCGGAGGGUGACGACUAUGUUUUGUCUAAAGAUGCUGAUGCCAUUGGUGUUACGGAUGUAGUUUUGGCCUUUGUUAGGGAUAUCACGAUGCAUCCUGAGACUUGGUUGGAUUUUCCUUUACCAGAGGAUGAAGACGAUGAUGAAGAUUUUGAGUUGUCUGAUGCACAACAAGAGCAUGCUUUGGCUGUUGAAAGUUUGGCACCAAGAUUGGCUGCUCUUAGGAUUGAACUAUGCCCUGGUUAUAUGAGUGAAAGUUCAUUCUGGAAGAUAUAUUUUGUACUCUUGCAUCCAAGACUUGAACCUCAUGCUGCUGAACUUCUUUCAACACCUGAGAUUGUGAAAGCAAGAGCCUCAUUGACACGCGAGUUGAAGGGCCGUUCCAACUCACAGACAAAAGAGGAGGAAGUUACAAGAAUCAAUUCUGCAUCUUCUCUAGACGAGCAUCCUUCUGUGCCAUCUGGUACUCAAUCAGAAUCUGUACCACUUGAAAUAUCCACAAGUCAGCCAACAGCCACAUCUACCAUCUCAGCUGAUUCAGAGACCGAAAAACACCCCAUCCCAAAUGAAGAAGUUCAAAUUGUAGACAAAUCUGUCAUCCAAGAAGAACCACGAAAUGAGACCAAAACCGAUGAAUCUAAAGAUGAAGAUGAUGCCGAUGAUUGGUUGAAAGAAGAUAGCUCAGAAAACGUCACUGGUACAACCACGAUUCCAAUCGAGAACGAUGAGGAUGUAUCGUUCAGUGAUCUUGAGGAGGACGAUGGAGAUGCACCAACAAGUUACAAGAAAACAGCUGCGUACGGUUCUGAUUCGUCAACGAAAGACUCACGAGAUUGGGUUCAGCUGGGUAGAAGCUCGGCUGAUUCGUCUUCGACCGGUGGAGCUGGACAGGUAAGUGCUCAUAACUCUGAGAUGAAGGAAUCUAAUGAUUGGCUUGAUGUUGAUGACAUUGAUGUGGCAUGAUGAUGAUGAUGAUGAUGUUUUCUAUUCGUUGUGAAUGAAUUAUUUGUGUAUUGUUGGUGUCUGUUGUGAAUAUCUUGUUAAUUUACAGUUUCUGCAAAUCUAAAUUAUGGCCUUUGGAAAUUGGAAUUGCUACACAUGUACAUAAAUGGUCUGGAUAUGAAUGUGGCACAAUAAGAUGAUUCAUGCUUUAUCUUGUUC